UCUAUGUGGAACAAGAGGAAGUGACUGGAGUAGAAGGAGAGAGUGUCACUGUCCGUUGCUACUAUAGUAAUUCUGGAGAUAUGAAGUGGUGCAGGAUGGGUGGUGAUUGUGUGAGUGGGUAUUCUGGGACUUUACAUGGAACAUCAGUGACAUUAACGCGGACUAGUGAUGCCAACAACAGAACAGUCUUAACAGUGACUAUGAGUGGACUGAAGAUGGAGAACACUGACUGGUAUUGGUGUAGAGUUGGAGAAAUAGAGAUGCCUAUUCACAUCACUGUCAGUCAACAAACUGCAACACAGAGAACCUCUAAGAUGACCUCAACAACCCAAGAUCCAACCCCUCAACAACCCUCUGCCUCUCCAACUGCUGAGCCUGUUCAGACUGACAACACAAGUCAAGGAGCUGAGGGGAACAUGGAGGAAGUCCACCAGAGGUCCGUGAAAGUCCUACUCAUCUCUCUGGGCAUGUUGGUGGUGGUGACAGCUGGUAUCCUAGUAACAUGGAAGAUGUGGAGAAGGCAUAAGGACAAUAAGGCCAAGGACCAGACAACUAACAACUCAGUGUCUGCUGACUCUGAGCAGGACAUUACAUACAGCACAGUGACCCACACCAGAAAAAUAGCACAGCAGGAUCCAUUUCCUGAAGCUGAUGAUGAUGUCACAUACAGCACUGUCAUCCCCCAGCACAAGACCCAACUAAAAGGACAGACCAAGUCAGCAGAACCAGAUGAUAAUGUGGUCUACAGCUCACUAGCUCUACAGGUGACCACACAGCAGAGGGCAGCAGCAGCACAGUAGUGACUGACUGAGAAGACCUUCCUUUUACUGGAAGGACAGAACACUCCCCUCUCCUGUGUCACAACAUCUAUCUGCCUCCAAUAUUCUUCUGUCAUACCUCUUAACCCACCCCAGGAAGACACCUCUAUCCUUUAGUGUAAUAAACUACUGAAGACAGUCUGCUGUGUUUGUUCUGAUUAUCAUCACAUUUCUGUUAUUAGUUAUGUUCCACCACCUUUCCCCUUGUCUCUUAUUUCUUACAUCAUGAUCUCAUUGAUCUAGUUUAAUGUCCUAUGCCUGUAACUAAUCAUGAUCAAACGUGUAUUAAGAUCUUAGUAUAGACAGCUACUAUGUAUAAUAACUACUGUACUGCAAUAAUAAAAUGUAUUAUAUACACUGCUCAAAAAAAUAAAGGGAACACUAA